UCAUUACACGUACGCCUUAUUAAACAUGAAGUGACAUCCGAGGAGCCGCGAUCGGUGGGUGAUAAUUGUUAUAUUCUUAGAAAAAAAUGAUGUGAAUUUCGAUCAGGAAUACUUUUAAAAAUGGCUGGGAGUAUUCACGAGGGCCCCGAGUUCGGGGUAGGGGACUUCGUCCUCCUUCAUGACCUAACACUGGAUGCAUUUAUGGAAAAUUUAAAACUAAGAUACUCAAAGAACAAGAUUUACACGUACAUUGGAGAGGUGGUGGUGUCUGUCAACCCUUACAAGACGGUCAACAUCUACGACCAGACCUAUGUGGACGAGUACAAGGGCCGCGAGAUCUACGAGAGGCCGCCACACAUCUUCGCGGUGGCUGACUCGGCGUAUAAAACGAUGAAGAGACAAAGCCGCGACACCUGUAUUGUCAUCUCAGGUGAAUCAGGGGCAGGGAAAACAGAGGCCUCCAAAAUCAUUAUGAGGUACAUUGCCGCGGUAACCAAUGUGGGCGGCCAGAAGGAAGUCGAGAGUCAAAAUGAAAUAGAAAGAGUGAAGGAUGUCUUGGUCAAAUCCAAUGUAAUUCUGGAGGCAUUUGGAAAUGCUAAAACAAACAGGAACGAUAACUCUAGUCGGUUUGGAAAAUACAUGGACAUCAAUUUCGACUUUAAAGGGGAUCCAAUCGGAGGGCAUAUUAAUAACUACUUGUUGGAAAAGUCCCGUGUUGUCCACCAGCAGACAGGCGAGAGGAACUUCCACUCGUUUUACCAGCUGCUAUAUGGCGCCAAGGAUGAAAAAUUAAAAGAGUACAAACUGGUCCGUGACCCAGGGAAGUACUUUUAUGUGAACCAGGGAGGGGAUCCAAAGGGAAAUCCAGGCAAGUGUGCCACGGUCCACGACCGGGAUGAUUACCGCUCCGUGAUGAACGCUCUCAAGGUCAUGGGCUUCUCCUUCGCUCACGCUGAGGCUCUCUGGAAAAUCGUAGCAGCUAUCUUGCAUUUGGGUAACAUGGACUAUGUGGCCGCUGACGAUCACGAUCACGCUGGAGUGUCUGACGAGAAGUUGCUAGGGAACAUUGCUGAGUUGUUGUCGGUUACCAAGGAGAAUCUGAGGAAAGCCUUGUGUUCGCGGGUCAUCGCUGCAGGGGGUCAGGUCGUAGAGAAACAGCUGACAGUGUCUGAUGCUGUUUAUGCCCGCGAUGCCUUCGCCAAGGCAAUGUAUGACCGAAUGUUCACCUGGAUCGUUGGUAAAACCAAUGAAGCCAUUGAUCCAAAGGCCAGCGGAAUCGCGUAUGUCGGCAAAAACACAGUCAUAGGAGUGUUAGAUAUCUAUGGAUUCGAAAUCUUUGAUAACAACAGUUUUGAGCAGUUGUGCAUCAACUACUGUAACGAGAAGCUGCAGCAGCUGUUCAUUGAACUGGUUCUCAAGCAGGAGCAGGAGGAGUACCAGCGCGAGGGCAUCCAAUGGCAGCACAUCGACUACUUCAACAACAAAAUCAUCGUCGACCUGAUCGAGGCCCAACACAAGGGGGUGCUGGCCAUCCUCGACGAAGCGUGUCUGAGCGUCGGAAAGGUCACCGAUGAGAUGUUCCUGACAGCCAUGGCACAGAAGCUGGCAAAGCAUGAACACUUCACUUGUCGAUCGCUGAACCCAUCAGACAAGACGUUAGAGCAUGCCAGGGAUUUCAGAAUCAAGCAUUACGCUGGUCAGGUCACAUACCAGGUGCCCGGGUUCAUUGACAAAAACAGGGACUCACUGUUCCAAGACUUCAAGAGACUUCUCUAUAACAGUGAGGAGGAUAUCCUGCAGCUGAUGUGGCCUGAGGGUGCCCAGAACAUUACAGAGACCACCAAGCGACCAAUCACAGCUGGCACCAACUUCAAGAACUCCAUCAUAGCUCUGGUCGACAACCUGGCAACCAAGGAACCUCACUAUGUGCGGUGCAUCAAGCCAAACGAGAUCAAAUCCCCGAGCGCGUUCAACGACGAGCGAGUACGACAUCAAGUGAGUUACCUGGGGCUAAUGGAGAAUGUCCGCGUCCGACGUGCUGGCUUCGCCUUCAGGAUCUCAUAUGUCAGGUUCCUCCAAAGGUACAAGUGCACCACCCCCCACACCUGGCCGACCUUUGCGGGGACAGACAUUGACGGCUGUAAGAGGAUCCUCCAGGUCCUGGGUCAUGAGGGGGAUGUCAAGUACGGGAAAUCCAAGGUCUUUAUCCGCUCCCCACAAACCCUCUUCUCCAUCGAGGAAACUAGGUCACAGAAGAUCCCCACCAUUGUCCUGUUUCUGCAGAAGAUGUGGCGUGGGGGCAAUGCCAGAAGAAGGGCCAAAAAGAUGAGGGCAAUAUACCUGAUUAUGAACCGCUUCAAGAAAUACAAGAUAAGACAGUACAUCAAGAAUCUGGUGGACAAAUUCAGGAAUGUAAAACAAAUGAGGGAUUAUGGGAAGAGUGUGGAAUGGCCACGCCCACCAUCCAGGCUACAGGGGCUUUUCCAACUUUUACAGAAAGUUCAUGGAAGAUGGAGAGCAAACAUGAUUCUGAAGGACGUCCCAAAGCCGGAAUGGCCCAUGCUGAGAUUAAAGGUCUUGGCGGCAGCAGCCAUCGGGGGUCGAAGGUCAGACUGGGGCUCUCGCAGGAAGUGGGAAGGAAAUUACCUUGCAAUGUCCAAGGAUAACAGCAACACGGCUGAUUUUGUGACGAAGAUGAACUCCCUGAAAUCGCACGAUCAAUUCUCCAAGGUCUUGUUCUCUUGCCAUGUCAAAAAGUUCAACAAGAACAAUAAGCCUGCUGAUCGCGCCAUUGUUAUCACAGACAAGUUGAUCUACAAAUUGGAUCCCAAGAAAAAGUACAAAGCAAUGAAAAAAGGGAUCCCUAUAUCAAUGGUAACUGGAGUGUCCUUGACCCCGGGCAGUGAUCAGCUGGUGAUCAUCCACCUCUCCGAUGAGAACGACCUAGUUCUCUGUCUACAGAACCUCACCAGGGAGGAGAGGGUGGGUGAGGUGUUGGGCACCCUGUGUAGUCACUGUCAGAGGAUGGGCAGAGAGAUAAAGGUAACCAUCAAUAAACCAGUGCAUUGCAUGCUGGGAAGCAAAAGGCGUACAGUUAUAGUGCGACCGACUGCAGUGAAUGGAGGAGCCACAUUUAAGAAGGAGGGAAAUGACAUUGCUUUGAUGUGGCCAGAGUCCUAAUGAUAACCACUUUGUUACACUUGGGGUCAAACAUCCUGGGGUGAAUCAUCCUGGGGGUGAAACAUCCUGGAGGUUCACAUUCUCAAGGUUCCUGGGUUAUGGAUAGUCACCAUAUAUUCCACUCACUUCCCUUCAUCCUAUCAGAGGGCUAUUAUCUUAACAUGGAUCUAUGGGUAGAAAUCUGGAUAGAACUCCGACCUUUGUUACAGUACAGUUUUGAUGCAGUACGCUGAUGGAUAAUUACAUGUAUAUCGGGUCACAAACAAAAAAAAACUUGCUUGACAAUGAAACAAUGAAGAUACACAUCAGUGGUUCAGAAUAGUUGAUCUUUAUCAAACCAGUGGUAUAAGAUGAAACCAAGUUUAGAAAUCAUGUGUAAAUGGUCGGGAUCCUAGUAUAUUGGAGACCACUAUAAUUCAUUGAUCUAUGUAGAUACAAGUUGAUGUCUAUUCCAGGCAUUACUUGUAAGUUUUUGUAAGUUCUAAGUAAACCAAAGAGUGACUCCUACAAUAUAGGGGCAGAUGUGCAGCUUCUAAUUUACUAUCAACACUUGUCUGUAUUUUCUGAGUAUGUUCUAUUCUUCCUUCACAUGUUGACAUAAAUUUACCUUUAAAACAGCUGGAAAUAUUGGGGUUUUUUUUCUCAAAAUGAUUAUAUCAGAACUAUCUUGAUUGAGGAAUGUUUUUGAGCAAGAACAGUGCUUGAUACAUAUGCAUGUUACAAUCAAUACUAUGUGUGAUGUGAAAGAAUAUUUUAAGAUUAAGAUUUUAUAUUUGUUUAUUUAAGAUUUCUCCUAUUGGUAUUAUAUAUAGGUGUUCUAUGUUAUGUAUAUGUAAUUCAUUUUUACAAUCAAAUAUUCUAUGUUAAUUUGAAAUCACAUUUUUUUGCAGAAAUCCUAAAUAAGAUUAAGUGUUAAGAGCACAAUCUAAUGUAAGCCACUGAUUCAGUGUUACUGUACACAUUUUGUUGACAUAUAUCUACAUUUGUCUUAUUUAUUUACACAUUGAUUCCAUAUGAAGACACCCUCUGGGUUAUGAUGAUGUUAAUACAGUCAGGGGAAGGCUGCUUUACUUGCUGUAACACCUUUAAGUCAAACACCUAUCUAUAUCUUAAUUUCACAUGUGAACACACCUUGAAUGUGAACACACCUUGAACUUUGAGCUUUUGUUGAAAGAGUAGGAUUGUAUGAUAGGUAAUUUUUGCACCUUAAUUGGGAAAUGAUUCUAUCGAAGAAUUUCAGGAUCUGAUAAUCUGCUAUUUCAUUAGAUAUAUUGUUUGAGUCUUAUAUUGAUCAGUGCUGGGUUAUCUUCCCUUGCAAUGAGAGGGUGGCUAACUGUACUGUUAUUAUAUAUGUUUAUAUAGAUAUAUUUAUAAUUAUACAUUUAGCAAACUAAUCAUCUAUUUUUUGCAUUUUUAUCACAAUGUACAAAAAGACAUGUAGUUAUGAUGCAUUUUUUCAUCUCGUCUUUGAUGCAUAUUUUGAUCUGUUUUUCUGCUUUGCUAUUGUUUUCCACCAUAUUGUUGACUGCUUUGAUCUGUGAAUGCUGCAUAUCCAUUCCAUUUAUUCUAUGUCAAUCUGAUAGCAGUUUCUGCUGAGUUGCAUACAGAGAGUUUUUUUUCUCUUCAGGGAAGUUGGGAGUGGAAUUAAUGUAUUUACGUCUGAAAUUGCUUCUAAAUUUUUUGGCAUUGUUGCUCGAUCGAUUCAAAGGAAAAUAUUCCUGAGGGAAUUAUCAACUAAUGGCAAAUGCCUAUCCCGCUCUCAAUGUGACUGCAGGAACUGUCAGAUAUGCUGUUGGAUUUUUUUGUGCUUUAUUUGUUAUUUGUUGAUGGAUUUUAUAAAGGUUAUUUUCUAUUGUACAGUUAUAUGUCUAUACAGAGUAGAACUGCGGCAUAUUUUUGAUGCAUUUUGUUACAUCGCUGCCUUGUUGAACAAGUUCUGGGGGGCUUGUCUCCCAUGGUUCCCCCUUGCCUCCAAUAAUUCCCUGCGUGCUGUGAUGAAUGGAGUUUUGCCGCCCGCAUUUCCUCUGAUAUCCUGCUGUGAAAUGUCUGAUGUUGUUAAAAGAUCUGUAGCCUGAAGGUGCCAUGUAAAUAUCACUCUUUUUUAAAUAGCAUAAAUGGCGGGAAUUCUAACAGAUUUAAAAGUGAAAAGACGAUUAUUCUUUUCUAAAGGCUUAUUCAUCUGUUUGAGCUUAAUCAGAUUUAUGGCAAUGCUAUUUUUUUUAUAGAUUUUAUUUUAAACGAAUUAAUAGGUUACAAAUUAGUUUGUUAAUAGGAUUGAACUUUAUAUUAUUCAACCCAACAAGCAAUUUUUGCUUUAAUAAUUAUAUUCAUUUUCAUUUUAUUUCAAUCCAAAUCCAUCUGACUUGUUCCUCAUUUUUGAAAUAGAGUAUCAUGAAAAAUGCAUUUAAGGAAAGAUUCAGACAGAUAUAGAGUCACCAAAACCACCAUGAUCUCAACCAGUAUUCAACCAUCUGUUGUUUUUUACCAGUAUUUGUGUGUUAAGGAAUCUGGAAUGUCAAUAAAUAAACCAUCAGAUUUACCAAAAAAAUUUAAAUGAUAUUUAUGGCAUAAACUUUUUAUCAGUAAAGAAAAAAUCCAAACUAAAAAAUAUUUAGAUUAUUUUUUUCUGUAUCUUCAUACAGAGAUCUAGAUCUUCAUCUUAAGGAGGUUGAUACAAUCUAUAAAUGGCCUUACAAUCAUCCCUAUUAAUCAAUCAGAGCAAGUCAUGGCUGGGUUCUUUGACCCUCUAGCCUGUCUAGUAGAGGCACAUUAUCCAUAGAGAAAUUUUUUGUUUACAUUUUGUUUAAUAUAUUGGCAAAAAUCAGUGCUGUACUUUUUGGUCUCCUUCAUACUUGGGAUUUUGCAGAACUUGUAUAUCUGCUUGUAUGUAUUGGAAGUUAAGGCUUCAAUACUGCAUCUGCUGUGAAUGUAUACAUGUAUUAACCACAUGCUUGCCUUGAAGUAGAUUUAUCCUUAGGGUUUAUUACAAUAGAAAAAAGGAAAAAAGACAUUAAAGGAUAGGAAUUUUAGACAUAAUGAUUAGAAAUGAGUAUUGAGGGAAAAAAGGAAUUUGGUUAAUUUGUAUGUCUCUAUAUAGAAGAAGAAAGUUUAAACUGCACACAUGUAUAUAGGAAAGUACGUGAAGACACCAUGAUUUUUAUAACUCCUAUUCUGAGAGUCCUUUGUUUUGAAAGAAAGGCGAUAAUAAUUACUUUUGUUUAUAUUUUUGGACAUACAUUUAUGAUAUUGUAAAAAAUAAAAUUUUACUUUUUUAGAUUUUAAAGAAAUCGAUUUUCUUGUACCUUGUACCAAUUGUAUAUACAUGUUCUAUGUAUUAAAAUCUGUAGCUUAAUUCACAUAUCAAAUGCAGUGCCUAAUUUUUCUAUAUACCGUAUGUCAAUUCUGGUACUAGCACUUGUACCCACUGUUUCAUAUAAUAUUUACUUAUAAGUACAUUUAUUAUUGUGGACAAAGUAUACGAUAUACAUACCUUUUUAAUGUAUCCGCUACGUUGAAUCUUUCUAAUAAAAGGAGAAGGAUCUAAAUGAAA